UCACUUCCUUAUUUACUGCCCUGUCCAGCUGCAAGGAAAAGCUUUUACCCUUCGCCGGCAAAGUUACUUCAUGGUGCCUCCAUUUAGAUCUAGACAAUCCGCAGGCAUUACAGUUCAUGUAACACCUCUCACAGUUAGUAAAAGUUCAUUUAGUUUCAGUUGCUGUGCGUUUAUCCAGUUAACCGUCACGUUUUUAUUGUGAUCGAAAGCAGUCAUAAUGGCGUCCGCGAAAGAAGAGGACGGCCACCGCUCAGGGUCCGAUCCAGGUGAGAAGAGUCAGAAACCGGAUAACACGGCGUUUAAACAGCAGCGCCUUCCAGCCUGGCAGCCCGUCCUUACAGCCGGUGCCGUGCUGCCUGCUUUCUUCAUCAUUGGCCUCCUCUUCAUCCCGAUUGGCAUCGGUCUCUUCGUCACGUCCAACACCAUCAAAGAGUUCGAGAUUGAUUACACUGGUGUUGAAGAAAGCAGUCCAUGCUUCAUCUGCACACAGCACCUCAGUUUGAACUACUCAUGCAAAUGCUCUGUCCCUUUCACUCUCAAAGAAUCAUUUGAGGGCAAUGUCUACAUGUACUAUGGACUGUCCAACUUCUAUCAAAAUCACAGACGUUAUGUCAAGUCAAGAGAUGACAGGCAGCUAAAUGGAUUGGAAUCUGCCUUAACUAGUCCCAACAAAGAUUGCAUGCCAUACAACUUAAAUAAUGAUGUGCCCAUUGCACCAUGUGGCGCUAUUGCUAACAGUCUUUUUAAUGACACAUUUGAGCUGUUUCACAUCCAAGACCAUAAUAGCAGAACUCGUAUUACUCUCAUGAAUAUGGGCAUUGCUUGGUGGACUGACAAGUUUGUUAAGUUCAGGAACCCUGGAGGAGACAGCCUCACAGCAGCAUUUGCAGGUACUGCCCAGCCUCUCAACUGGCGCAGGCCUGUCUAUGAGCUAGAUCCCAGUGAACCUGAAAAUAACGGCUUCAUCAAUGAGGACUUCAUAGUGUGGAUGAGAACGGCUGCUCUCCCCACCUUCAGGAAGUUGUACCGCAUUAUCCUGAAGGAUAGGAACAGCACGACUCCAACGCUUCCUUGUGGGAACUACACCCUGGAAGUUACUUACAACUACCCGGUAAUCAGUUUUGAGGGCCGCAAGCGCAUGGUCCUCAGCACCAUCAGCUGGAUGGGUGGGAAGAACCCCUUCCUGGGCAUUGCUUACAUCACUGUGGGCACUAUCUGCUUCAUUCUGGGUCUGGUGCUUCUGGUUAUUCACUAUAAAUAUGGUAACCACAACAAUAACGCUGACAUCCCCAACUAGAGUCUCAAGCCUGCUGUGACUGAUAUUUGGACCUGCUUAUUGCCUUAUGAUUUAUGAGUAUUUAUCACACUGUUGCACAACGUUCCUUUCCCGGCUGCCUCUUGCUGUUGUCAUACAAGAUUUCCAUCCUGUGUGCAUACACAGUGUCCAAAAAGACAUCUUAGUUCAUUGUUCUAUCUCUGAUAUUUUUGUGCCUCUGCUCUGUGUUUUGAGUAUUUAUGUAUUGUACAUGAAGGGCUUGUUUCCGUAACAUUUCAGAUUUUAAGUAAUAUAAUACGCACUAGUGUGAAGGAUCCUUGAGAUCUGAGAACACUGCAAAAUGGAGUUGAGGCAUUUGUAAUAGAUUAUAUGAAUCAGCACAGUGCAGUGUUAAUGGAUUCAUGAGAGGACAUGCUAAAAUUGGUCUCCAAUUAAUUUUCCAUUAUUUUGACAUUUAUUUCAGAAUUUAAAAAGACUGUUACAAAAGAGGUCUGGUAUGCAAGAGAUUCCAGACUGUUUUAAACUAUAUUCAUGAAGCUUCUGUGUGUGUACAAACUGUUUUCCUGUUAUCCCUGAAGCAAUUUAUGUUCAAGUCAGUGUCCACUUGUGCAUGGUCUGGGAAGCAUGCACGUUUGUAAAUGUUAUGUCUUGCAUUGUUCAGCAUUUAAACAUUAUUGCGUAGUUAAUGAAACAUGAGUGCUGCUUGGACAUUCUGCCCUUGUUUGGGACUAUGCUGUACCUCUCUCCACUUUGACCAAAGAUAUGCUGUAGACUCACUGGAUGUCUGCAAAUAAAUAUAUUUUAUUUCUUGAACUAUGUUUUCCCCUCGUAAAUCCAUUUUAGAAAUUGUGUAAAGGUAACCAAUAUAACAAUGACCUAUAGUGACAACCUGGAGCACCAGAGAAUACAUUUUGAUUGGUAUCUUCCUCAUAACAUCUCAGGGAGUUUUUUUUAUUGCCACUCUGUUGCCUCUGGCUUGCUCAUUAAGGAUAAAUAUUAAUUUAAGUUGUAUGUUUCUGUAAAGCUGCUUUAAAACAAUGCCCAUUGUUUAAAGGCACUAUAUAAAUAAAAUUGAACUGAAUUGAA